AUGCGCUCUUUCGUCACAGGCAAGAGCAGGUUGUUAUUGCAGCGGCUGCUGCUGCUGUCAAGCAGUCCAGUCGUGGGGGGUUGUACGGCGAGAGCUUCACGUCAGUGCCGGUGCUUCUCCGCCGCUCCCGGUGACUACAGCAACUUGCAGGUAGAGGUUCGGGGUAACGUUGGCCUUGUGGCGAUUCAUCGACCAGCGGCUUUGAACGCGCUCAAUGAUGAGACGACGGCAGAGCUGUUGGACGCACUUCAACGGUACGAUCGUGACUCAACCAUAGGCGCUAUUGUGUUAACGGGAACUGACCGGGCCUUCGCUGCCGGAGCGGAUAUCAAGGAGAUGGCGAAUAGGAGCUUUUCUCAAGCGCGCCGACGUGACGCGGGUUCCUUCAUGGACUUGUUCUUCGCGCUGCGCUCACCGACCAUUGCGGCGGUGCGCGGGUAUGCGUUGGGCGGGGGCUGCGAACUUGCACUCGCUUGCGAUAUCGUGUAUGCUGCGGAGGAUGCUCAGUUCGGUCUUCCCGAAGUGCAGAUCGGCACAAUCCCUGGCUGGGGCGGCACGCAACGACUUGUGCGAGCUAUAGGAAAGGCCAGAGCGAUGGAGAUGAUUCUCUCAGGGAGACGUAUAUCAUCGCGCGAGGCGGAAGCCUGGGGGCUCGUUGCCGCUGUGCACCCCGAGGACAAGCUCCUGACGGCGGCCUUGGAUACCGCCACAAAAAUUGCCUCGUUGUCGCAGCCGAUCGUACAAAUGGCGAAAGCUGCGGUCAAUGCCGCUUAUGAAAUGCCACUGAGGAGCGGAGUCCUGUAUGAGCGCGCACUCUUCCAGUCGACGUUUGCAACCCAGGACCAGAAGGAGGGCAUGACGGCCUUCUUGGACAAGCGCGAGCCGAAAUGGACCAACGCAUGA